AAUUUUCAUCCAUUAAUAUUCUCUCCGGAGAAUUUUAUUUAUUUUUACAUCAAGAAAUCUAGCGAGCAGAAUAUAACCGGUCACACUAUUCUUUCCUCACCUUCCAAGUUCCCGGUAGGUAGCUUCCCGAACCCCGUGCGCCGCCUUCUGCACUCCAAAUCUCACAUUAAUAUCCAAUCGAUCGGCACAGCGGUUAGGUUUUUUUUUUUUUUGAAGAAUAUUAUCAAGAAACAGAGAUGGACGACAGCUGUGCGGUUUGCGCUGACAAUUUGGAAUGGGUUGCCUACGGCGCCUGUGGUCACCGGGAAGUGUGCUCCACCUGCGUCGCGCGUCUACGCUUCAUCUGCAACGAUCGCCGUUGCUGCAUCUGCAAGACUGAGUCCAAUGUCAUCUUCGUCACUAAGGCUUUGGGGGAUUACACAAGGAUGAUCAGUGACUUUUCUGUAUUGCCAUCUGAAGUGAGAGAAGGACGGGUGGGAUCUUAUUGGUACCAUGAGGAUACACAAGCGUUUUUUGAUGAUGUUGAUCACUAUAGGAUGAUCAAAGCAAUGUGCAGACUUUCUUGUAGUGUAUGUGACAAGAUGGAAGAGCAGUCGAAUGAGGGGGCGAAACGACAGGGAAAGUUUAGGAACAUUGAACAGUUGAAGGGUCAUCUGUUUCAUCGACAUAGAUUGGUUAUGUGCAGCCUGUGUUUGGAAGGACGGAAGGUGUUUAUCUGUGAACAAAAGCUAUAUACUAGAGCACAGUUAAACCAACAUAUAAACACAGGUGAUUCUGAAGUGGAUGGAACUGAGAGUGAGAGAGGUGGCUUCAUGGGGCAUCCAAGGUGUGAAUUCUGCAAGACCCCAUUCUAUGGGGAUAAUGAGUUAUACUCUCACAUGUCCAGAGAGCAUUAUACAUGUCAUAUAUGCCAAAGGCAGCAUCCAGGACAGUAUGAAUAUUACAAGAAUUAUGAUGACCUCGAGAUUCAUUUUCGCCGAGAUCAUUACCUAUGUGAGGAUGAGGCUUGCCUUGCCAAAAAGUUUAUUUUCUUUCAGUCUGAAGCUGAACUAAAGAGGCAUAAUACAAUGGAACAUGGAGGUCACAUGUCUCGUGCACAGCGUAAUGCUGCUCUACAAAUACCAACAAGCUUUCGAUAUCGUCGAAGUAAUGAAGAUAAUCGUCGUGGAAGGGGACGAACAUUUCAGCGUGAGCUGUCUGAUAAUGACUAUCAACUUUCCAUGGCCAUUGAGGCAAGUUUGGGGACUGCCGGUGAUCUGCCAGCAUCAUCUACUGCACAGCUGGUCUCUGAUCAUGCAGACACAAAUGAUAUUGACCCACUUGUUCAGCCUUUUGAAUUAUUAUCUACAACAGAUUCUGAAUCAUCAGCAAGAUACCUUCAAGCAUUGGGGGGAGGCUCCAGAGGUGCCCCUUUGCAAGAAUCUUCUUUUCCUCCUCUCCCCAUUGGUCCCUGCACCAGCCAACAAAAGCCUAAACAUAGCUCAGAUGCUUUGGCUAACAACACCAUGGCAGCACAUCUACGGCGCCAGAAGAAUGGGAAUACAAAUGUUUUCAAUUCAGCUCAGGCAUGGCCAGCAACAAGUCGCAGGCCUGUGCAAGCAUCAAGUAGUUCAAGUCAGAUUGGAAAAGCAACAAAUGUUGCAGCCAUAGCAGCACGUGGUACUGGUAGUGGAGUUGCACAGUUGAGCUAUGCAAGUUCAACGCAGGCACAGGCUCAGGUUCAGGCGCGACCGACAACAGCAGAUGUAUUAAUAUCAUCUGGUUCUCGAAUGAGCUCAGGCAACACAAGUAGGAUAAGCCACUCUUCAUCAGCUCCAAAUCUUGCUAAUAGUGGAUUCUCGGAACCGUCUGUUUCUGAUUUUCCUCCAGUUUCUGCAGCACAAAGGCACAAGCAGUCCUCAAGCAGCCAGGUGCAGAUGAAUAUGGAAGAUGUUCAUACAGCGAACAAAUCUUUGGUGGAAAAGAUGCGAGCUGCUCUUGAAUAUGAUGAAGAAAAAUACAAUGCUUUUAAAGAAAUAUCUGGACAGUAUCGUCAGGGUUUAAUAGACACAGGCAGAUAUUUGGAUUAUGUAAAACAGUAUGGCUUGUCACAUCUUGCUCUUGAGCUGGCUAGACUCUGCCCUGAUGCUAAGAAGCAGAAAGAGCUAAUUGAGACCUAUAAUGCUAGUUUUCAAUGCAACAGUCUGCAAGAUAAUGAUGGUGGUGCCUGGUUGAAGGAUAAUAUUGCCUCGAAGAAAGGGAAAGGGAAGUCUUUGGAUACUGCAAGCAGUAAUUCAAAGGAUACCUUAGCCGAUAGUAUUAUGAGCAGUGUCAGGAAAUUUCAGUCAAGUUAUAUGCCUUCUGAAGAAGAGGUGGAGGUGCUAUCAAAGGAUGGUUACCGUCCUUCCAAAGGCAAAUCAAAGGUGAUGGUCGAUGAACAGCAGGUGGAACUGAAUUCUAGCAAUCAACCGGCAAUAAAAAUUGGGGGCCAAAAUGAUUCCUUAGCUGCUAAAGUGGGAUCAGGGGAUGGGGGUGGUGGUAUCAAGCAACGGAAGAAAACUUCGAAAUUUCGCCGACUGCGACUUGGUGAUGGUUCAAUGGCAGCACUAUUGGAUCAUAAAAGUUCUGAGCCAGAUCCUGAUCCUGAACCAUUAGACAAGAAGUUUGACGGCAGCCAAAAUUCCACCGGAGGAUUGCCUAUACGUGGUGUUUGGAAGAAGGGAGGAAGUCAGAAACUCUUUCCAUAGGUUAUAUGCCAAAACCUUACCGGAAGAUAGUGUUUGGCGCUGGGAGGUCAUAACGUUUCUUGGAAAAUGACCUAAGUAGUCUUAAAAGUGAUUCGAGUUUUGCCAUGAUGUUCUCAGGAGUGCUGGCAAUAGAUGGAGAAGAUUCCAUUAAUGCCAGAGUUUUCAGGGUGUUGCAAAAACUAUCCUAGUUGUGUUGGCUUGUCUGAUUUAGCCACUUUUUGAUGAUACAGCAUUGUAACUUUGAGGUGAGGAAGAUAUUUCCGGAGUCUGGACGUUGUUCGUUUUAGUGUUAAACAAAAUGCUUUUUAUUUAGAAAAAAAAAAAAUAUACAGAGGUGAAGAUUCUUUGUCUGAAUAUGUAGCUUCUUAUUUUAGUAUUUUGUUUUCUAUAAUAUGUACUUUAUAUGUUUGUAAUAUAUAUAAAAAUACAGAUGUUGGAGAAGUUUUUAAUUGAUGAAAA